AUGGGUUCACGUGCUAGUUGUAAUAAUCAUACUGAUGAAGUUGCGAUGAAGACUGUCUCCACGGAAACUAAUGAUCGAACACGUUCGCAUGUUUAUAUAAAAGAUCAAUUUCAAUUAAACUUUCUCGAUUGCGAUUGUUGUUGUGACACGACAAAGAUGGUCGCCAAUUGUGAUUUCCAAGGUAUUAACAUCUUACAAGAUCUAUACAAUAUGGUCGUUAGUCCUGAAUAUAAAUUAAAUUGUCGAUGUUCGUGUGGUGAUGAUAAUAGUCAGAGAAAACAAACAAUGAAAUUUGGUUUAACUGGCUUUCCACAUGCACAUUUAACAUGCGAUGAUUCUGCUUCAUCAUCAUGUCCUAUAUCUAGUGACUCGCGAAAAUAA